AUGACAGCUGCCACCUCCCGCAGAGGUGAGGACCAGCCAUGGGGUGCAGUCCGGAACCGCGUCGUAGUGCCCGCUGAGAAGCUCGACCAGCAGGCAAUGCGCCGAUCAGAAUUGCUUGCUGAUCAGGAUCAAGCUGGAGGCGUUGACCGGAACCGCUUCGCAGUGCCCGCUGAGAAGACUGAUCGGCAGGGAAUGUGCCGACUGGAACCACGGGCUCUCCCCGUAGAAAUGGGUCGUAGACAGGCGCCGUCAGCCUGC